AUGGCUCAUCUAGAUUCCUUCACCUCUCCUUUGAUCUGGCCUCAUCCUUGGUUUGUAGCUGCAAAUUUCAAACGCGUUUUGGCACUUUUAUUGGAAGGCUUUAUGCUGAAUGUGGGCUUUAUGCCGAAUGUGGCCAUAAUGCCUCUUUGUGGGCUAUAUGCCUUUAUGUUGGCUUUUGCCAUUUUAGUUUUUUUUGCUCGGGAACAUGAUCUUCAUGCUAUACUGUAA